AAUUCCGCGAUGAAUUAACGAAGAAUGGCAGUCGAUCCAGUCGAUCUUCGUCAGUCCGUCUCUGUUAAAUGUCCAACUCCAGCGAGGAUCGCAGAAUAGCGAUUUGUUCGUGACGUUUUCGCUUGUAGAGAUGGCCGCGAAGGAGCCGAUCGUUGUUGAAUCGAUCGAUAGCGGCAUAGCCGAGCCCGGGAUUGAGCCCGGCGCCUCCACGGAGACGAUGCUCGUCACCACUGACAGCUUCGACGAGUACGAGCAGGAGAUGAGCGGCAGCAUCGACGGUGACAGGCAGAUGAAGGAGAGUAUCACCAGCACCAUCUCCGAGAUCCAGGAGGACGUUGUGCAAGACAAUUCCACUACCGCCGAUCCGGGAGAAUCCGAAAAAAACCUUUCCCUAAACGACGCAGAGAUGGAUGAUGUUGCGCAUCGUUUGUGCCAAAGUAAUCUAGAUGGAGACCCAUUGCGUUGCAAAGCAUGGCUGGCACAGAAGAAGCAUAUUUUUAUUUUGAGUCAGGCGGGAAAACCGAUAUAUUCUAGAUACAGUUCAGAAGAUAAACUAGUCACAGUUAUGGGAGUCAUGCAAGCUUUAGUGUCAUUUGUUCAAACCGGGAGCGAUAUGAUUAGAUCGGUACACGCUGGCGACACGAACUUUGUUUUUGUUGUGAAGGGUCCAUUGAUCUUAGUAGCAGUGUCCAAAACCUUGGAAAGCGUACCUCAGCUCACUUUACAAUUAACAUAUGUAUAUAAUCAGAUAAUCUCUGUAUUGACACAGUCUCAGUUAAAUAGAGUAUACGAUCAGAGAAGAAACUUUGAUCUACGAAGGUUAUUAAGUGGUAGCGAAAGACUGAUAGAUCAUUUAUUGAACUUUAUGGACAGAGAGCCCGCUUUCUUUCUAGGAGCCAUUAAAUGUUUACCCUUACUUCCUUCUAUGAGAAGUUCCAUUACGCAGACCAUCAUUCAAACUUGUGCUAAGAUUAAGAACUUAGUAUUUGCAAUACUUCUAGCUAACAAUCAAUUGGUUACACUAGUUAGAAUGAAUAAAUUUUUCCUGCAUCCAAUGGAUCUACACAUAAUACAAAAUCUGGUGGACAGUUCCGAGUCGCUCAAAACUGCUGAGAGCUGGACACCGAUAUGUCUACCGAAAUUUGAUUCCAAUGGAUACAUGCACGGUCAUGUAUCAUAUCUGGCAGAAGAUUGCCAGGCAUGUUUAUUGCUACUAACCGUUGAUAGGGACGUAUUUUUCGUGCUAUCGGAGGCCAAACAAAAAAUCGUGGAGAAAUUGCGGCGAACAAAUUGUCUAGAAGCAAUAAAUGAGUCCAUGAACAAACCGACGGUAACGACUGCUGACAUUGGAUUACCCGAGAUGCGACACAUUUUAUACAAAUGUAAAAGCACCGCGCAAUUUUGGAGUCCUGGGCUUCAACCACCUUACACAACGGAUGACGAGAUAGAACGAUUAUUGGGACUUUACCAGUGUUUGCAUCACAGAUUGCAUUCUCCUAGUCGACCCUUGAAACUUAUAUUUCAACAGCUAGAUAAGGAAACGAUGUUAGCAUGGGUGGCUUCUGGUUUUGAAUUAUAUGUAACAUUUGAACCUCUGGUCACGAAACCAGAUGCCAUUGAGGCAGUGAGCAAGCUAUUAAAGUGGAUAAAGAAGGAAGAAGAGAGAUUAUUCAUUCUAAACUCUCCUACGUUUUAAACAUUGCCAAGUAUUUUGUUUUUACAAAAUACAUAGAGAAGAUAAUACGUAAAAUUGAUAGAAAUAUUUUAUUCGAUCAAAUUUCGAAAAUAUGUGAGAUGCAUCAAGGAUUCCAAAGUAAAACAUCAUCAUUAUAUAUACGUUCCAAAAAAGGCAGGAAUAUAGUUAUUAUUCGUCCAUUAUUAAGCAUUGAUAUAUAUCGAUAUUGCUAUUUUGUUAUUUAAUAAAGCAAUUGUAAUAUAAUACAAAUAAUGUGAAAAUGUACAUAUAUUUGAAUAUGUUACAACAGAUGCGAUUCCGGAUACACGUUGUAGUUUUAAUACCGAAUUCUUGUUAUAUACUGGCACUAAAAAUAUACGAGCAUCGAUAAGAGUAUGAAAAAA